AUGCUCGCCUGUGGCAGCAAUAUCGAGGCCGGUUCAGACACCACAGCCGUCGCACUAAGCUCCGCUUUAUACUUACUCUACUCGAAUCCCGAUAAACUUGCUAAACUGCGCAAGGAAAUUGACAUAAAAGCCGCCGACGGCAGUAUCUCGGAUCCCCUCACCUUCCAGGAGGCCCAGAACAUGACCUACCUACAGGCUGUUAUGAAGGAGACACUGCGUCUUCAUCCGGCCGUGGGAACCAUCUUGCCACGUAUUGUGCCAAGGAGUGGCAUCGAACUGUCGGGCCACUAUUUUCCUGCAGGUACCGAGGUUGGCUUGAAUGCAUGGGUGUUGCACAACAGCAGAGACACCUAUGGCCCAGAUCCUGAGGUGUUCCGACCAGAGCGCUGGAUAGGUCACGAACGGACCAGCAUCAUCGACUCUAUGAUGAACAUCAGCCUGCUGGAAUUGACCAAGGUGGUGCCUGAAAUUGUCCGCAAGGUUGACCUCGAGUUGGAGCAUCCGGGAAAGCCUUUGGAGACCACAUGCGUGUGGUUUGUCUAUCCGCGUUACAGCGGCUGGUUUAAGGUACGAGAUUCAAAAGCAUAA